AUGCCUGAGCAUGAGGCAGCAAAUCUAACGUGGACCAGCUCAUUACCAUCACUUUUUGACGUCUACAAGUCUACAUCUGGGGGGCGGGUUGCUCACGAAGCCGAGGAUGACCGUCGCGCAUCAGAUCAUUCGGCGUCCGUCCCGAUCGCUCUCAAUCAGCAUGGAAUCGGGCGGCCUUUCAAGGAUAAAGAAAAGUCUAGGCUGUUUAUGCACUACAUAAACGACCUUUCUAUGUGGGUCGACGUCUGCGACGUCAAAAGACAUUUUGGUACAGAAGUCCCCAAGAGAGCUUGUCAUUCUCCCUUGUUAGCCUACUCGAUAAUUGCCCUCGCAUCUCGAAGUCUUUGCUCCAUAGCAGGAACAGACGAUUCAAAACCAUCGACGUAUUACAGCCAUGCCCUCCAGUAUCUCAUCCCAAUUUUGGAUAGCUCAUUUGAAGCAUUGAACGAAGAAGUGCUAGCCGCGAUUGUUAUACUCAGGCAAUAUGAGGAGAUGACAGACUCUGAUUUUGGCGUCCAUCUUUCCGGCAGCUCCAAACUGUUGAAUUCCAUGUUCAGCUUGGCAAGCAAAGGAGGCUUGGGAGAGGCAGCAAGUUGGAUCGUCCUUCGACAAGAUUACUGGGUUGCCCUUGUCAAGUCACAGCCCAUGAGCAUCAACUUGGACAGCUACAAAGGCUCAAGCUCGUUUGUCCGAACAGAGCCGGAAUGCUUGGCCAACCGUGCUGUCUUUCUCUGCGCACAAGCCAUCGCCUACGCCUUUCAACCAGCGGCGAUUAGGGACCUCGAUAGGUGGAAUAAGCUCAAUCAGGAGCUAGGGAACUGGUUGAUCUCUAAUCCAUGGCACGCGGAUCCUCUCUGGGUUGAACCGCCGCAUACCAAUCGCGCUAACGGCUCCGCGUUCCCCACAAUCUGGAUGACACAUCCCGCUCACGUGGUUGGGUAUCAACACUACAGCUUGGCGCGAAUGGUCCUGCACAUCUUCAAUCCUUACUUGAGUAAACCAAGUCUGGACACUUUCAAGAGGAGGAGGGAGUCGGAGAAAGCUGUUCUCGACAACUUUCGAGUGCUGUUGGGGCUCGCUAUGAGCAAUCCUUCUGUUGUCAAUGCAGGGUUCACAGCAUCGCAUACUUUGAGGGCCUGUGGCGUCUAUCUCACUGACCCCAAAGAGCAGCAAGAAAGUCUGGAUUUCCUCAGAAAGACCCAUCUAAGAACCGGGUGGUUGACGAAGGAUCUCAUUGAGCAGUUGACAGUUCAAUGGUCUCAGGAUGGUAGCAGCAGUGCUUUUGUUCCCGAUUGUUUGGUUGACCGUAACGGCUUGAUGAUGCAGGCGACAAAGGAGACCCGUGUGGUCAGUGUUGAUGGUGACGGAAAUCGUGGCGAACCUCAAUACGAGUUUUCCGAGACACAAAAGUGGUGUAAGAUCAACAGCAAGAGAAUACGCUUCAUCGACGAGACAACAGAUAUCAACAGCAUUCACAACGACGACUACGAUUCAGACGAGGACAUCGUUUCUGAAGAAGAACCAGCACCGCCCAGUCCGCCGAAAGCGAACCAGCGACGGAGGAGGGAGAGUUCAAACAGAGUUGCCUGGGCACCAUUCGGCGAUGUAGGACCUCCAAACGCUCACGCUUCAGGUCCCGAAGAGGGUAGUCCUCUCCCCAUCGAGCGAGGCAUUUCGUAUCCCCUAACCAAGCUCCCCGCUCUUCACCCGCACGCUCCAUACGAUAGUCCAGACUCUGCAGGCCAGGCCUCAUUGGAUGAUCUGCCUCGUACGGUCUCUCCUGUGCCACGAAGCCAGCUGUCUGGGCCCAUCGGAUCCAUCAGUUCCAUCGGUAGCAAUAGUGUUAGCGAGGACCCAAGUCUUCCCGAACCUCAACGAUCCUUCCAUUCAUCCAACUUUCCGCUCAAAGACCACCGAGAGGCGAACUUGGUACGAUACUUUCUCGAAUUUAUCGCGCCCCCCUUCGACUAUGGAGAUCCACACCACCGGUUCACGACCGUGCUGCCGCAACAUGCUGCCAUCAGUCCGUUGCUGCUGAACGCCAUUCUAGCGAUUGCGGCGAAGUCAAGAGAUGAGGAAGGGACGCUGGCAUUCUUCGACAAACCAGCCGAGCACUAUUAUACGGUGGCUUUGAACUUGCUGAGCCCGGUGUUGAUCGACCCCAGCGCGGAGGUAGACGACCUGCACGUAACUGCGGCGGUUCUUCUCCGACUCUACAACAGCAUAAGCGAACUUGACUUGGCCUCUCUCGAUAAACUUUUGGUGGAUCAUAGCACAAUCUGGGAGUUUCUUACGUCGCGCGCCAACUUCACCACGAAGGGUAGUCUCUCAGAAGCGGCAUUCUCAGGCUGGUUGCGGCUCGAGAUCUGGCGCUCAGUGAUGCAACAAGAAACCCUCGAAUUCCGGUUAGACCAUCUUGACCUCGACCGCUCUCUCCAACCUGCAGACGACGAAACAUGGGCUUGGAGAAUGAUCUUACACACGAUCGAUAUCAUCGGAUACUGUUUCGGCGACGAAACGAACUCUGCAGUGUAUGAGAAGCUCUCAAACUACGCGGCUCAGUGGAUGAAAGCAGCGCCUGAAACGUUCCUCCCCAUAUUUGUCGAGAACCCUCCCAACGAGGGUAUCUUCCCCGAGAUACUUCUCAUCAACGACUCUGUUGUCGUCGGGCUGCAAUUCUACCACCUCAAUCGGAUACUCUUAACAGCACACAACCCGAACGUGCCCCGCCUGGGGAAAAACCUCAAGUUGGCGGCUCAGACACUAGACGUUGGUUUUCUCUCUUUCAUCACGUACCCCGACAUCGGCAUGCUAAACUUUGGUGCCCUUGUCCAGAACGAAAUCAUCAACGACAUCAAAAUCAUGUGCGGCAUUGCAGAGUCACAUGGGAGAAGCACGCCGGCGCACAUAAUUGCGUGUAUGGGUAUCGCCCUGGCCGGCGACAGAUUCAGAUCGUACCCCGAACAAGAAGCGCUGUGCCAGGUGUUCUCCUCGACGGCGGAGGCCUAUGCCUGGGACACCGCUCUCAUGACGUUAUCUGACUGGAAUGGCACCGAUAUUAGUUUGCAGCAUCUGAAGGACGCAUGGGGUUGGCCGGAAGACAUGGUAGCCGAACCCACCUAA